AUGAAGGGUCUGCGGGCCCGCUACCACCUCCUGGAGCACCUGGAUGAGGAGCUGUCCCCCGUGUGCGCAGAGCCGGAGGACGAGGGGCAGCCGGGCGGGCGGGAUGCGCCCGGGGCGCCCGCGGCCCUGGAGGGGCCCUGCCAGCUGCAGCUGAGCGAGCCCAGCAGUGUCUUGCAGAACAAGGAGAUCCCGGAGCUGGCGCCCCACCUGCCCCGGCGGCUGAGCCACGAGCCCUGGCGCCUGCUCUACUGCGCCGCGCGGGACGGCUUCAGCCUGGCCACGCUGUACCGGAGCACGAGCCGCCGGAGCGCCCCGCAGCUGCUGCUCCUCAGGGACAUGGAGGCGCGGGCCUUCGGCGCCUUCUGCGCCGCCGCCAUCCGCCCGAGCACGGGCUUUUACGGCACCGGCGAGACCUUCCUCUUCUCCUUCUGCCCGGAGCUCAAGGUGUUCCCGUGGACAGGCAGCAACAGCUUCUUCCUGAAGGGAGACAAGGAGCUGCUGAUGAUCGGCGGCGGCAGCGGUAAAUCUGGGCUCUGGCUGGAUGGAGAUCUGUACCACGGCGGGAGCCACCGCUGCGAGACCUUCGGCAACGAGCCCCUCUCCCGGCGGGAGGAAUUCUGCAUCCAGGCCCUGGAAGUCUGGGGCCUGGCCUGAGCCCGGCUGCCGCGCGGCUUCAUCCCAGACACGGACCCGGGCACUAG